AAUGCCUCUGUAUAGUGCCACUUAACACUGACACACCUGUAUACAGUGAAAUCACAACGCUUGACUUGUGGAUCGAUGUUUUGUUUUGUCAAUGCGAUCAUUCAAGUUUUUAAACAGUUCCCUAACACGAGUUCUGCUGUCAGGAAUAUAAUUUAUAUUAAGAUCAGAUUUCUAUAGCAAGCUGUCAAACAGUGGCCUAGUCAUUACAAUAAUCGUUCGUCUCGGAGUUUCCAAUGUUUGCAGACGAAGUCAAUCGGAGCUCCACGGUAAGCUCCAGAUAUCUGUUAAGCAGAUACAGUACACGGCGCGACAGAAAGAAUGGCUGGACAUUGCUGCAUAGAGCUGCCCUGUCUGCACCAAGAGAUGUUCAUUUAGCUGCCCGUGCAGGAAUAUCUAUCAACGCUCAAAAUUCUGAUGGUGAUACCGCAUUGCACGUGGCAGUCAAGGGAGAUAAUUACGACACGGUGGAAGCUUUGCUGCAAUGUAGCGCGGAUGUUACCGUACGAAACAAGCUAGCACAGAGCCCGGUUGAUAUAGCACAAGGCGAGAUACUAAACCUGUUGUCACAAUAUCAGCCUGGACCUUUGGCAGCUUACCUGGCAGGAAAAUCAAAUUCUCUAACCAGGAUUUUAAAUAAUUUUUGGUGUGAUGUUAACUAUUGUAAAGUACAGGAUGGCAUGAGCCUUUUGGAUUUGGUCCAGUCUAAAGCAGAAGAAGGGGAAGAGCCGACAGCAUGUGCCAGAAUUAUUGAGGACUUCAAACCUGUUAGUGAGCUAGUCCAUUGUGUCCUGAAUGAAGAUGUUGAUCUACUAAGAGACCUUUUGUCUGCUCCACGUAAACGUCCAGUUAAUAUCAGAUUUCAGGAUGCCUAUGGCAAGACAUUAUUGGCAUAUGCUGUAGACACCAAUAACACUGAAGUGGUGAAGUUGCUGGUUGCGGCUGGAUCCAAGAUUGACAAAGUCAGAUGUAAAGAAAACGGAGGGAGCCUGCAUUCAAGUCCUUUAUUUCAUCGCUGCUUGGUCCCAGAGAUAGAUUCUGAAUUAGCUAAAUACUUACUCACUGUCCAGAGUGAAUCAGAGAUGAAUGAAAGGGAUAUGAAUGGUAACACUGCUUUGCUAAGAGCAGUUGAAGAAGGUGCCAGCUUACAGACUAUACAAUACCUUUUGGAUGCUGCUAAGGGAUUGAAUCUGACUCAUAGAAAUAUGAAUGGUUUGACUGCCCGUGAACUAGCUGGGUAUAAAGGUCACACAGACGUAGUACACUUUUUUGACAAGUUUGUUAAUCAACAAAGAGGCAAAUCUUUUUUUCUGCAUUUAGCUGUCAAAUUUUAUGGAUCAAGUAACCUUCACAUUACAGAUGAAGAAUCUGGCAAAACACUGAUAGAGUCUCUUGAGCUGGGAGGCUAUUAUGAAGAUGUUAAAACAAUCAAACAUAUUGCUGAUAUUGAGAGGAAAGGCAUACAACUAUUGGAAGCUGCUGCAAAAGGCAAUUUAGAAGAUGUAAAGAAACUGAACACUGCCAAUUUUCAAGAUAAAAAUGGAUAUACUGCUCUAAUAAAAGCUGUGGCCCAUGGCCAGGCAGAAGUGGUCAGAUUUCUUACCAGCUCAAGGCCAGCAUUGAAAAUUAUUCCAGAUAAUAAUAAUCGGUACCCUCUACAUUAUGCGUAUUCAUUGCCUGAUGAACAAAGUAUUAUAAUGACCAACAUAUUACUGGCUAGUAAACCCGAGGAAAUAGAAAAGAAAGCAGAUAAGGAUGGAAUUUUUCCAGCUGAAUAUAUGAAUCUACGUGAAACCAGUUCUGUUAUUCAAAUGCUGACAGAUGUAUGUACACUUGAUGCUUAUGGUCAGCUUAUAGGAUGAAGAACACAUUCAACUAUAUAAAUAAAGCCACAUCUGUAUCUAUAAAAGGACAAGAACUAAAAGGAAAGACAGUUACAACAGGAUACCAUAUCAGUAUAGGCCCUACAAAAUUGUUCCACUCAAUAGUUUAUAAAUGCAUGAUCUUGAAGCACAUGUCUUUUCUUUAAUUAUAAUGGUAUUUAUUUAUGUGAUUUUCUGUUGAAAUAUUUUACAAUGGAUGUUUAUGUAUAGUUUGUUUUUAAAAUGUUAGUUUGUUUGUAAAAUGUUUUACAUGUUUCGGAUGUUCCUUCAGAGUUGAAGAUAAUUACUUCCUAGUCCAAACCUCCCGCAAGACGACGGGGGAUGGGAGCGUGCAGGGUUUGAACCCUGGACCAUCGAUAAAUCUGAACGACAGUCCAGCAUGCAAACUGCACGACCAGGCAGUUAUAAUGGUAUUUAUUUAUGUGAUUUUCUGUUGAAACAUUUUACAAUGAAUGUUUAUGUAUACAAUUAAAUAGUCUGUUCAAAGACUUAAGAUUUGUCUUUUGCUUGCAAUGAAAUGUAUUAUCUCCCUUUGGUUAUACAGCUCUCAUUUUAAAUUUUCUUGAAUUACUAUGCUUUAGAUGGUUUACUGUUUUAAGUCAUUGGUUAAGAUUUGUCUUUUGCUUGCAAUGAAAUGUAUUAUCUCCCUUUGGUUAUACAGCUCUCAUUUUAAAUUUUCUUGAAUUACUAUGCUUUAGAUGGUUUACUGUUUUAAGUCAUUGGUUAACAAGCAUGGAUGACAUGUAGGACGUAAUGAUCUACAUUUUUGAAGUAACAUCAGUAUAAUACAAGAUAAGAUAACAUUUUUAAAAAAUAGCCUUUAUAGACAUAUUGCUUGUUAUGAUGGGUGGAAGGAAGUCUCUCUGUCCACUUCUGCAAAGCUAAACCUGUUUAACCUGUAUUCCUCCUUUGUAGGCUUAAUACAUGAUAUGAAGGAAUGAUGCCCCUCUGUCUACUUCUUCAACACUUGUUUUCUUCUUUAACAACCUUUUUUUUUUUGUAUACAACAGGAUUGUAAUUUUAAAACUAAUGAUGUUUUGUGAUUGAAAUGAAAUGCAUUUUUUAAAUAAAUCUUUUUUUUGUAAUAGCCUA